UUAUAAGAGACGCCAUCUUGACAGAAGGCGUCUGCUGAAUAAUACUGGACAGUGUAUUAAUUUCCCAAGUACGGAGUGUUCCUGUUGGCUUGAACAGUUAGUUUCCGAUGGAGCAAGAGUUAAGUUUGUUGUGUUUAUAUUUUAAUUUUUCGUGGUGCAAGACUAUUUGUGUACAGUGACCGUCUAAAACAGGUUGAUCGAGUCGUCUCCCUCUGCACUUGAGCCAUUUGUACUGAAUUUAAUCUCGUUAUUAUACACGUGAAAACAGAAAUGAUUGGCUUCUUAAAUUUAAUUUAAGUAAUUGGAUUUCGCGGGGUGACGCGAAAGGGCUUCCAGUAUAAAUUGGGAUUUCCGGUAGUGAAAUACUCGAGUCGGGUAGGGUCCGAGCAGACAGGCUAUUGCGUCGUCUGUACCGUACCCACCACACCCAGUAGGGAAGUAGUGAUCCCUUUCACGGGACCCAACGUGUGUGUGUGAGUGAAUGUGCAUGAGUGUUUAUCGAGUGAAUAACAUUAUUUAUUUUAUGUUCAUUCCCUCGUAGGAGUGAGCAGUGUUUAAACGGUCGGAAGGGUAAAAAAACCCAUUCAAAACGGCACGUAAAACGGGCCGCCGUAGAUAAUAUCAGUGUCUAACCCUCCGGAGUAGCCUAGGCCAAAACAUGGCGUGUUGCCUGUCUGAAGAGGCGAAGGAGCAAAAACGAAUUAACCAAGAAAUCGAACGGCAACUUCGGAGGGAUAAACGAGAUGCGAGGAGAGAACUCAAACUGUUAUUAUUGGGUACUGGAGAGUCGGGCAAGUCAACGUUCAUCAAACAGAUGCGAAUCAUCCAUGGGUCUGGUUACUCAGAUGAGGACAAACGGGGAUUUAUCAAGCUCGUCUACCAGAACAUCUUCAUGGCCAUGCAGAGCAUGAUACGUGCCAUGGACUUGCUCAAGAUACAGUACGCAGACUCUUCCAACAUUGAAAAGGCAGAAUUGAUUCGGAGCGUGGACUUUGAGACAGUGACAACAUUCGAGAGCCCGUAUGUGGAAGCAAUCAAGGAUUUGUGGGCUGACUCAGGCAUCCAAGAAUGUUACGACAGGCGGCGCGAGUAUCAACUCACUGACUCAGCCAAAUACUACCUGAUGGAAAUCGACAGAGUGGCUGCUCCCAACUAUUUGCCCACAGAACAGGAUAUUCUGCGAGUCCGAGUCCCCACAACAGGCAUCAUCGAGUAUCCCUUCGACUUGGAAGAGAUCAGAUUUAGUUACCUUGAGGACAUCGGCCGGAUAGAACAGGCGGAUUACCUGCCGACUGAACAGGACAUUCUGAGAGCUCGAGCACCCACGACUGGCAUCAUUGAGUACCCCUUCGAUCUGGACUCAAUCGUGUUUAGGAUGGUGGAUGUAGGCGGACAGAGAUCUGAAAGAAGAAAGUGGAUUCACUGCUUCGAAAACGUCACAUCUAUUAUAUUUCUGGUGGCUUUGAGUGAAUACGACCAAAUUCUUUUUGAAUCCGAAAACGAGAAUCGGAUGGAAGAGUCAAAAGCCUUAUUCAAGACCAUCAUCACAUAUCCGUGGUUCCAGCACUCCUCAGUCAUUCUCUUCCUCAACAAGAAAGAUCUGCUGGAGGAGAAGAUCAUGUAUUCUCAUCUCGUUGAUUACUUCCCUGAGUACGAUGGUCCCCAACGGGACGCAAUUGCGGCACGGGAAUUCAUCCUGAGGAUGUUCGUAGACUUGAACCCAGAUAGUGAGAAGAUCAUUUACUCCCAUUUCACUUGCGCCACAGAUACGGAGAACAUCCGUUUUGUGUUUGCUGCGGUGAAGGACACUAUCCUGCAGUCCAACCUGAAGGAGUACAACCUGGUGUAACCGUGCAACCUGCUGGUUACGGUUGUCGUUACCUGCACCGCCCGGUCCUGGUCCCGGUUCCGGUCUAUAGGCCACUCGCUUUGUUUGUCACGUCAUCUUUUAUUUCUCGUUCCCUCCUCACCUCUCAGUCUGUUGGUUGAGUUAGUUGACUGCAAGGAAUAAUUUUCUGUGAUAAAUAAACUCGUCUAAACUAAACCGGAGGCGACCGACUCGCCCGUGACUUAAACCGAGCUUUAAGAACGACCUCUUAAGGACCACUAUAAGAGUGUUUAUGCUAUUGGACCUUCUUGCUAUUCAAUCGUUUACCGUUUGUGUCGUCAACGGCAGAGAGUAACUGCAAUGACGAAUUGACGGAAAGUGUUUUUUUUAAACUUCUCACUCUUACAUUAUGUUAUCCUGUAAAAAGUGCAGAUUUCUGGGUGUUGUGGUUCACUAGACCGCAGUUGUAUUCAUUUGUUAGUGUCCGGGAGUGAUAGUUGUGACGUAAAGGUGUCUGCCGCGGUCCGAGCGACCGACUGCGGGAGUGAACGAAAGACAGUGAAAGCUGCCAGAGUCAGAACGAUGGACACUGCUUUUUUUCUUGUAAAUUGUUGUAUGUAUGUGUGUGCGGCUUGAAUGUAUUUGAAAUUAGAUAAUUUGUAAAUCAAUUUCUUGUCAACAAAAAUAUAUACCAAUUUUUCUGAAAGUGGUUAUGUUUUUCACCUUAUGAUGAAUAAAAUAUGGCUGACAA